GAAGCGCAACAGCGCCAUCCUCGCUCUCUUGUCAUUUCUUGGCUUCCAUUUUCUGUUGUUAUCAUUGCUGAGCUCCCACUUCUUCCCUACAUUUAUUUUACCCAUUGCCACAGACAGCUCCCGACGCAUAGUGCCUUUCUCCUACCACCGGUAGACAAACAGUAUCCAACAGUAGACUUGAGUUCCCUCGUUGCCUUGGAUCGAUAUCGCAUUGCUUCGGCUACCCCACUACUACUAUUAAUACUACCAACAGCAUCACGAUGGAAAACCUCACAGCCAAUGCCAUCACCCGAAUCUCCGGAAUGAACAAUUCCGACGAGGACCCAUCCUUUAAACCAACACUACAGAUCAUUAAUUUCCGCAAGGUCAAUUCGAACAACAAUACGGAUCGUUAUCGGCUAAUCAUAUCAGAUGGAACCAAGUUUAUUCAAGGGUUGCUUGCCACACAGGCUAACAACUUGAUUGAAAAUGAUACUCUUCAGCAAAAUUCCGUCAUUUCUCUACAGAAAUUUGUCAAAAAUGUCGUCUCUGGCCGAAACCUUGUCGUCGUUUUGAACCUGGAUAUCGUUGGAAGCAAUCCUGGACAGCGCAUUGGAGAACCAGUGGAUAUUGCCGGUCAGCCUGGUGGAGGCGCUGAGAAUGUCCCACCUCAACAACGCCAACAAGGAGGCAUGUAUGGAAGGCAACCAACUGCCGUCAAGUCCGAGACGGGAAAUGGAAACCGCAGCGGCGGUGCCUUUGGAGGCGGCGCUCGAAGCAACAAUCCAUAUGGCGGAUCGCGCAGUAGCAGUGCUCCUAUUACCCGUACCACACCCGGAGGAACUGCGGUUACACCCAUUGCCAAUCUGAACAUGUAUCAGAGCCGUUGGACCAUCCGAGCAAGGAUUACCAACAAAUCUGACAUUCGCACUUGGAGUAAUGCUCGCGGGGAAGGAUCCCUAUUCAGCAUUGACCUGCUAGAUUCCAGUGGAAUGGAUAUUCGUGCCACAAUGUUCAAAGAAGCUGUCGAAAAGUUUUACAAUAUCCUCGAGGAAGGCAAAGUGUACACUUUCAGUGGAGGUCGAAUCAAGGUGGCAAACAUGCAAUACAACACCUGCAAGAGCAACUUUGAGAUCACAUUUGAUCAGAACAGCGAAAUCCAUUUGCAGGAUGACGGUGGAGAUAUCAAGAAAAACGUCUACGACUUUGUUCCCUGCAUUGCUGACAUUGAAUCCGUGGAAGCUAACAAAACUAUUGAUGUUUUGGCUAUCGUCAAGUCCGUUGGAGAGCCCGCAAGCUUGAUGAGUAAGAAGACCGGCAAUGAGCUACACAAGUGCGACUUGACGCUAGUGGAUGAUUCGGGGGUGGAAAUCAACUUGACAAUCUGGGGUCAAGAAAAGGCAAAUGCAGCACCCCAAACGUACGCCAACAAUCCUGUUGUGGCUUUCCGAAGAGCCCGAGUCAGCGAUUUUGGAGGAAAGAGUCUCUCGUUGUCCGGUAAUUCUUAUAUCCGCCCCGUAGAGGAUGUGCCAGAUCAGGUGCAACGUUUGGAGCAGUGGUGGAACAAUGGAGGCAGCACCGGAGCUGGUACCAAGAGUUUGAGUUCAUCUGGUGGAAGUGGCGGAGCCGUUGCGCCCUUCCACGAGCGCCUGACAGUCUCUGCUAUUAAAGGAAAGCACCUGGGGCAUGGUGAAAAACCCGAUUGGUUGACCUUCAAGGGGACUAUUAGUUUUCUCAAGAAAGACAAGGAAGGAGGAGCAUGGUACCCGGCUUGUGCAAAUGCGGGUGAUCCUUGCAAAAAUAUGUACAAGAUGACUCAGACAACUGACGGGUCCUGGUUCUGCGACAAGUGCCAAGGCACUUUUCCUGAUCCUGUUCGGCGUUGGAUCUUCUCGGGCACAGUGGAGGACGAUACUGCUACCACCUGGGUUUCCUUUUUCAAUCCACAGGCAGAAACUCUUUUGGAAGGCGCGAAAGCAGACGACGCCUAUAAAAAUUUCAUGGAGCACAACCAAGAUCAGGAUGGCUACGAUAGCCUCUUCUACAAGGCAACGCAGACGGAGUGGAUCUUUAAAUGCAAGGUUAAGGCAGAGCUCGUGAACGAUGAAGAACGUGUCAAGACGACGGUAUAUGCAUUGAAGCCGAUGGAUUAUGUCAAGGAGAGUGAAGAUAUCCUGGCGGCUUUGGAAAAGAUGUAGGAUGCCACUGUUCCUCUCGGCUUACUUCACGGUUUGGGAACCGUUCUACCGGUAUGCCAGGUUGGGCAUUCGAGUUAAAGAUUAUGUAAAACGCUUUGGUCGCG